GCGCGCGGCGUAGCACAGUGGGCGACCUGGGCACCUCGAUUCGCCGGGGACCCCUCAUUCCUUCUCUGGGGCUUGCCGGGACUGUCUGUGGGAUGCGCGGGAGGGCAGAGGAACUGGAUGCGGAGUUUCCUGGGGUCCCGGCGCCAGGUGGGGCUGGAGUGCCGGGGUACGCUGCUGGCCGAAGGCGCCCACGGAGGAGAACGGCCUCAGCUGUUAGGCGCUGGCUGCUUGGGCCGGCGCGUCCAGCCCCACUGAAGCCUGGCGCGCGGGUGGGCCUGGCCGACCUGGGCCCUUUCACCUCACCCUCUUGAGACCCAGAUCCUGCCCUUCCCACCUAUUCGGGGGAACGAUGAUCCACUUCCUCUUGAACAGUGCCCGUCCCACUGUGACAGUCACAGAAUCUUCAGCGCCAAGUGUACGCGCGGUGGGUGAAGUGGCGUGCAACGUCUUACCCCAGUUCAUUGGGUCGCGCCUUAGCGUGUGUUGAGGGGCCGUGUUUCAUGACCUCUCGGUGGGCAGCAGCUGGGGCUUUGAUGUUGAUUGGUGCCCGGGAUGCUGCCUCAAAAAGGUGGCAGGUUGAUGAUUGAAGGUGAUUUGAAACCACUGGAUUGAAAGUAGUUUAUACCGUGAUUAAUAAAAGAAAAUCCGUAUUUUCACAUGACUUUAAACACUUAAAUAUUUUGUUAAUCUGCGGGAAAAAAGUUGUAACGACAAACUUCAACUUAAAGGACAAGAUUUCUGUAUAAUUACAAAUCUACAAAUUGUGCUGAGAUGGCAGACUAGGAUGAAGUGACGUGAGAACUUGUUAGUUUGCUAAGGUACGUCUGAUGAAGCCAUGACCAGGUGGGCACGAGUUACUACCCAAAACACCAAGAGGCCGUUGGCUGCAACAUCAUGGGAGGAUAUGAAGAAGGGAUCUGUUGAGGGAACAAGUCAAAGCCUACCAAAGGGUAAACGUGAAGCCAAUAGACUGUCUCUUAAAAAUGACACACUCCAAGCAAAACACAAAAAGAACAAAAAGAAGAAAGAGUACUUAAAUGAAGAUGUGAAUGGAUUCAUGGAGUACCUAAGACAGAACUCACAGAUGGUUCACAAUGAGGAGAUCAUAGCAACAGACAGGCAGAAAAUAAGGGAAGAAAUUGCAGUGGCUUUAAAGAAAGACAGUCGACGGGAAGGAAGAAGAUUAAAAAGACAAGCAGCAAAGAAGAAUGCAAUGGUAUGUUUCCAUUGUAGAAAACCUGGACAUGGGAUUGCAGAUUGCCCUGCAGCCCUUGAGAAUCAAGAUAUGGGCACUGGAAUAUGCUAUCGGUGUGGGUCCACAGAGCAUGAAAUAACCAAGUGCAAGGCCAAAGUAGACCCAGCUCUUGGUGAAUUUCCUUUUGCAAAAUGUUUUGUUUGUGGGGAAAUGGGGCACUUGUCCAGAUCCUGUCCUGAUAAUCCCAAAGGACUCUAUGCGGAUGGUGGUGGCUGCAGACUUUGUGGCUCUGUGGAACAUUAUAAGAAAGAUUGCCCAGAAAGUAAGAAUUCAGAUCAGAUUGUCACAGUUGGUCGCUGGGCAAAGGGAAUGAGUGCAGACUAUGAAGAAAUUUUGGAUGCUCCCAAACCACAGAAACCCAAAGCAAAGAUACCUAAAGUUGUUAAUUUUUGAUAAUAUCUACUUCACAAGAUGGAGCAGAGCUUCCUAGGAGCCCUGUAUGAUCGGGACUUCGUCAAACACCAUUUCCUGAGUUCUGCCCAUCAAGGAAUACUUCUGUCUUUGUUUGGAGAACACCAUUGGAAAAAAGCAUAAGAUGCUUAAAUGGAAUUGUCUAGAACAUGUUUAACAGGCAGAACUUAGAUAUAACUAAGAGGUUAUAUUCCUGAUUUUAACAAUCACCUUUUCUUAAAAAAACGAAUUAUGUAUUAAUGUGAACCACCCUUAAACAAAGGGUGUAUUUGUGUUUGGAGAUGAACUUUUGUUAUAUUGUUUCAAAAGAGAAAUUUUAUUAUUUUAUUAUUACAAUAGAAAUUAAUUUAUAAUCUCCACAAAAUUGCUGUAUUUUUAAAAUACUGAAUAAAAAGUUAUUAUUA